CUGUUGAGGGGGGGGAGCCGAUGGAUGGAUCCCGGUGGGAGAAGCUAAGGCCAAGCAGGAGCUAAAGGGACCGGGACUGCUGGCUGGGGACCGACUGAAGGUGGGGAAGGUGGGUGGUGGGGAGGGGUGGGCGAAGGACAAAAUCCCAUCACCGGCCACAAUUCGGUCAGGGCUGCGAGGUUGGACCCACGCAACACCGCUCCAUCCGCCUCCAGCGCUGGAGAAGGGAAUCGGGGUUGUUCGCCUGCUCCCCAUUGCUCUGGAUUGCACUUGGAGACCCAUCUGGGGUUUGGGGGGCCCCGCUGCGAGAUGUACCAGAGCUUAGCCAUGGCGGCGAACCCUGGCCCCCCGUCCUACGAAGGGGCAGGUGGCUUCAUGCACGGCGCUGCCGCCGCGUCCCCCGUCUACGUGCCCACCACCAGGGUCCCCUCCAUGCUGCCCAGCCUGCCCUACCUGCCCAGCAGCGGCUCUUCCCAGCAAGCCAGCCCCGUCUCCAGCCACUCCAUCUGGACUCAACCUGGAGCUGAAAGCGCCGCAUACAACCCCGGAUCUUCCCACCCGCCCGUGUCACCUCGCUUCUCCUUCUCCACCAGCACUCCCAUCCCCUCCACCUCAUCGCGGGAUGCCGCGGCGGCUUACAGCAGCUCCUUGAGCCUUUCUGCUAACGGGAGGGAGCAAUACAGCCGGGGCUUCGGCAGCUCCUACUCCAGCCCUUAUCCAGCGUAUGUGAGCCCCGAAAUGGCCACCACUUGGACUUCUUCGCCCUUCGACAGCCCCAUGCUGCACAACCUGCAGAGCAGAGGGACGCCCGCGGCCGCCCGGCACGCCAACAUCGCAGAAUUUUUUGAUGAUUAUUCAGAGGGGCGAGAAUGUGUCAACUGUGGGGCCAUGUCCACCCCGCUCUGGAGGAGAGAUGGCACAGGGCACUACCUCUGCAACGCCUGUGGGCUCUACCACAAGAUGAACGGCAUCAACCGGCCCUUGUUCAAACCUCAGAGGAGGCUGUCGGCUUCCCGUCGCGUCGGCCUCUCUUGUGCCAACUGCCACACGACCACAACCACACUCUGGCGCAGAAAUGCCGAGGGAGAGCCUGUCUGCAAUGCCUGUGGGCUCUACAUGAAGCUCCAUGGGGUUCCAAGGCCAUUAGCAAUGAGAAAAGAGGGCAUUCAGACAAGGAAGCGUAAGCCGAAGAACCUUAACAAAACAAAGACGCCAGCAGGUCCAUCCAGCAGUGAGAGUCUUACUCCAACCACGAGCUCCACAAGUAGCAGCAGCAGUGCCACAACCACUGAGGAAAUGCGCCCCAUAAAAACAGAACCAGGGCUCUCAUCUCAUUAUGGGCACCCCAGCCCAAUUUCUCAGGCAUUCUCGGUCUCUGCCAUGUCUGGACAUGGAUCUUCAAUUCAUCCUGCAAUUUCAGCCCUGAAGCUUUCCCCGCAGGCUUACCAGUCAGCCAUCAGCCAGUCUCCACAAACCAGCUCCAAACAGGACUCCUGGAACAGCCUGGUCUUAGCUGAAAACCAUGGGGACAUCAUAACUGCAUAAACUGGUCUUCCACUCAUAGACUUGAGGCUGAUCCACUGGAGAGAUGAAGAAGAUGCCACGUAAUAAUCAUGUCAAUGUUGUUUCCCUCCUCCCCUGCUCUCCUGCCAUGGUGAGAUGUUCCAACAAAGAGGUAAAGAGGUGAAGUGUAGGAGAGCUCUUACAAAACAAACCAAGAAGACUCAAAUCUCAAAGUAACUAAUGGAUUUGAAACCUUUUUCCUCCCUUCAAACAAGUUUCCUUUUAUUUGAUUGCCACCACCUUCUAAGAAAUAGCCAGAAACACAAAAAUGAACAUAUUUUUUUUUGUGGGGGGUUGUCUAUUUAAAAACAUUUGCCAUUUGAGACUUAGACAAUGGUGGCACAUACACAUCUUUUUCUCCUGUCACCAUCCAUUUGUUUCCUGACCAGAGGGAAUGCCAUCAUCAUUACCCCAUUUCAGUGAUCCUCCAUCAAAUGGAGCCAGUUUCAGAACAGUUUGUGGAACAGACAUGCUGUGGUGGCUUUAGUGGAUUACAUAUGAUCUAGGGUAGAGAAAAAAAAGAGACCCACAUCCUCAUCCUCAGCUCAUGCAUCUAGAGCAUUGCCUUCAUUUCCCUAGAUGGUCUGAAAACCUAAUGAAUGUCUGUAUUUAAUAGUAACUCCUUUCCUAUUUAUCACUACAAAAUCAUGGGACUGUGUUUCUAAAAGAUGGUUGGCUGAGCCUGGAGAAAGUCUGUCUGAAGUCAAAGGGGGAUUUUGGAAGGAGAAACUUUCUGGAAGCGGGUAGAGGAAACCCACCUUGGUCAUCAAAUCCUGGAGGAAACUGUUGGGCUUUUCCCUUACAAAUAGCUACAAGCCAGGCUUAGAGAUUAUUGUAGAGCGCAGCAAGUGAAAGUUUGCUCCUUAACGCUGCUGUGCUGUUGCUUUUGAGACAGUUAAUUUAAUUAUUUUGCAUACUUUUCUGUUGUCUUCAUUGUCAUUGAUGAAAUCUGAUUGUCAAUUAUUUCUCAUUGUACUGUGAGUGCCCACUGUUCCCUUAGCAGCUGGCUCAUGACCAUUUUCCAUGUCUAACCCUUAAGGAUUUCACCUUUCACAACAAGAAAAGUCCUCAGCCUCUAAUGGAUGCAGGCAGGGGCCAUCUUCUUUACUAAGCAUGUGCAUAGACUUGCUUGCCUGCAAGAGAAGCUUAACUCCAUUCAUACACAAGUAUUAAACAAAACUCAUGUGUUUGCCUAACCAUAAGCCUCUUAGCAACCAGAAAAUUCUGGAAAAUUGAGUUGGAAGUGAUGCUGAGAGGCCACAGACUCAUUCCCUUGUCCAAAAGGGAUCAAUUCUACCUAACCUACCUUUAGUUGCUCUUUGUCUAACAUGUGCUUAACAAAAUCCAGCAAUGCAUACGCUACAGCUCCUCUGUGCAGUCUAAAUGCUUCUACAGAUGCUUGCCAGAAUGUUUCUAUCAGCGUUUCAAGGAGGGACAGCUUUGCCUGUACAGGUAGAGAAUUUCUGGGAGAUCUCAACCUACAAGAUUCUCCAGUCUUGUUUCUGUCUCCCGAACUCCAUUACCCUUCUUCUUGCCUUCCCAGCUCCUUCUUUUCCUCCCUGCAUCCAGAACUUGACUAUGGAACUGCCAAGUGAUACCAGAAGAGGGAUGGUGCAUCCUCACAAAAUAUGCUGAAGGAUGUGAGGUGCCACUCUCCAUCUUACACUCACACUUCACCAUUCCCACAAAGAGUGUUUCUGACAAAAUACCAAGAUAAGUGGCUUGGUGAAGAGGAAAGCCACAAACAUGGUUGAAGCAAAACCACGACCUCGUAUUACCUGUGUUUGAACUCUAUUUUCCUCCUGAUGGUUGAAAAGUUUCUUUAAGGAGAAGGAUUCAACUGGACUGGUCGUGACAGAGAGUUGAAAUGGAGCACAGUAGAGAGCUGGACCCCUCCACAAUCCCUGUGCUCUGCUCAGUAACUCAGAUUUGCAGGGGUUUGUAGAGGUGACAGAGACUCUGCGCUACCUGGAGAAAGACACCAUGGCAGUGAUGCCACGGGGAUGUCUGGAUGGUGUUUGCACCUUGAGGCUCCUCACUGAGCUUCCCCAUAAGAAGUGUGGUCCUCCCAUUGACAAGGAAUGCCUUUCAGCUGGCUUAUGGGAAUGAAACUCUUGAUCUGGGAAGUUUUUCCAUCUGCCACUUGCAAGAUAACCACAGAAUUUGCACUCUGUCCUUCAGAGCUAAUGUAAGGUCUAACCUCAUUAGUUUAUUAACUGCAGACAAGGAAGAGCCGUUCAACGAAACAUAAAUAAAACAUUACCACGAAAUCCCGUGAUUCUGUUGAAGCCCAGCAGCCUGCAGUGAAGAGGCCAGAAAUAGCACCUAAGAACAUGAAUUUGGGGUGAAAGAAAAAACAAAGGUGCUUCUCCAAGAGCACGCAGGUCAUUAGUCAGCCUCCUCCUUGUACUGCAUUGCUUUGCACUCGGCAGCCAAGAUCUCUUGGGAUGCAGCUGUGAUCUUGUCUGUGACAGAGAAGAACACACCCCAGAGAUGCCUCUUGGCUUCUGCACACAUUUCAGAUGCUUUAAAACUACCCUGGACAGCCUGAGGAGGAGGGAAGCAGGCAACCUCCUGGAGAGGAACAAAGGUCCAGACCAAAAGCACAGCAUUUCUCCCUCUGUGCUUGUGCUCCCAAAGGCUUUUUCUGCCUUGCCCUUUUACUGUGCUCCUUGUAUUGCCCUCAAAGCCAAAAUUCCUGGCUGAAGUUCUCUCCUGCCCUUAAAACACACUCCUAAGUGCCAUACAGGAAUCUGUUUGCAAUGCCAAGCAGAAAAACCCUGCGAGACAUAAGUCUGGUGGUUCCCUGGCUCACAUUCUCUUAGGUUACCUAAAUGACAGAGUUUGGCUAACUGGUUUUCUGCUUCCCACAGAGCCUUAAAAAUUGAACGCUGAAACGCAGUGAGGAGCAUUUACAGGGACCCCGAUAACAAGACGUCUGUUUUCAUGAAGCUUUCGUUCCUUUCGUAGUGGAAAUGAGCUCUUUUGUCACUCCUUUUACAAGUAGUUGAAGUUCAGAUGUGCCUCACAUUGCCAACAAAGCAUGCCAACACCAGAAGUGAUGCCUGAAGGGAUACUUACAGGACAUGAGAAUGACAGUCCUACCAAGAGGUUCAGCUCAACCUAGCUGAGGGGUUACAUUUGGGCUUACAUUUGAGCUUUGCUUUCCUUCAAGUGAUAGGAGAGGCACAGAGAACCUGCUUUGUUAAUGAAAUAAAAUACAAUUAUCAGAGACUUAAUAUAGCAAAACAAUUGUUGCUAUUAUUAUUGCUAUAAUUUAUUCCAUUGCAGCACAUCUGGAAGUCCAACUGAGUACCACCAGCCAGAUAACUUCCAGAGGUCCCUUCUAGCAUCAGCCACACAAUGAUAGGCCUGAAUUUGUGUAUUUGUACACAAAAAAAAAGUACAGAGCUGAGAACCAUCUCUUCCCUGAAGAGUAAGAACAAAGUGCCUGGUCCUGCAAAACACCUGAGCACAUCUACCAAUGUAUUUGCAGAAGAUGUUCCCUUAAAGCUCAGCAUUAAUAACACAUAUAAACUGGGAUGCCUGAGGGUUUGCAGCACAUAUCUGGGUUGUACCAAGCCAGACCUUUGCUAUGGCUCCCAUGGCAAGAUGGGAUGAUGAGAACUGGGAUGGAGAGAGAGAAAGGGGUAGAAAAGUCAUUUAUCAUUUUUAAAUGUCUUUCCUCCUUGUGAAAGUGCAAUAUCUUGAAUUGCAUCAGCUUUUGUUUCAUAAAUUAAUCCAAAGAGAUCCAUAUUUCACUUGCAAUUAUAUGGGCUGAUUAGACCUUCUCCGAUCAGGAGGAGCUCAGGAGUAUUGUAAGGGAGCUUUGAAACCAAUCAACAACUCUUAAUAUAGCUGAAUAUGACAACAGUUAAUAUGACUGAAGCUGUGACUGUGCCAGGGGUGGUGUUUGGUUUUGUUUGUUGGUUUUGGUUGGUUGUUUGUUCUUUUCUCAUGCAUUAAGUUUGAAGAUUCCCGUGUCAGCUGGGGAAGUCCCACAGAAACAGACAUUGAUUUGUAAGGGGGAGAGGGAAACCAACCAACUGAACAAGCUGUAAUUAUUUAAAGAUGUAAAAAAAUAUAUAUUAUUAAGUAGUAUGGCUACCAAUCCACGUAACGUCUACACCUUUAGAACUAAUGGAAAUAAAACAAUAAUAAUAAAACCAAAA